AGAACAGGAUCAUCCCUCUCUCUAGCUCGACGAUUGAUCGGUUCCAAGUCCGGAGAGAUUCGAUCAUGUCGAUGGUGGUGGUGCUGCUGCUGCUGCUGCCUUGCGCGUUGCUGUGCUUGUUCUCUUGUGCGGCAGCGCAGCUCACUCCAGAUUUCUACGACAAAUCCUGCCCAACCUUGAUCCCCACUGUUCGUGCCGUGCUCCAGAAAGCCAUUGCCAAGGAGCCCCGGAUCGCUGCGUCGCUGCUACGCUUGCAUUUCCACGACUGCUUCGUCAAUGGAUGCGAUGCUUCUUUGCUCUUGGACGACACUCCCAGUUUCACUGGCGAGAAAGGCGCGGUUCCAAACAACCGAUCGGCGAGGGGCUUUCGAGUGGUGGAUCGAGCAAAGUUUGCAGUGGAGAAAUCGUGCCCGGGAGUGGUAUCGUGCGCGGACAUUCUCGCCAUCCUCGCACGCGAAUCAGUCGUCCUGCUGGAUGGACCGAGCUGGGCGGUGCAACUGGGCCGCCGCGAUAGCACCACCGCCAACCGGAGCGCCGCCAACAACGAGAUCCCACCACCGAAUUCCACGCUCGCGAACCUUCUCUCCCAGUUCCAAGCCAAAGGUCUCAACGCGCAAGAGCUCGUCGCGCUCUCCGGAUCCCACACCAUCGGCCUCUCCCGCUGCGUGAGCUUCCGCGAUCGUCUCUACAACUUCUCUGGAUCCGGGCGCCCCGAUUCCACGCUCCAGCCACACUUUUGGGAAGAUCUCCGCGCCAAAUGCCCGCGUUUCCACGGCAACAACGUCGUCGCGCCGCUCGACGCCCACACUCCACUCCACUUCGACAAUCUCUACUACCACAAUCUCCACGCCAGUGUGGGUCUGCUCAACUCCGAUCAGGUGCUCUACUCCACUUCCGGGCCGAAUUCCACGCGCGCCAUCGUCACCAGGUACCGCGACGAUCAAGGCGCCUUCUUCGCGGAUUUCGCUAGCGCCAUGGUGAAGAUGGGAAACAUCAGCCCGCUCACCGGCACCAGCGGCCAGAUUCGCAAGAAAUGCCGCCGAGUCAAUUGAUCCCUCUCAUCUUAGAAUCGAUCGAUCGAAUAGCCUCUUCGUUCUCGCGCAGCGCUCUGUUUUUAGGGUUCUUCGUUUUUUGUCCUCUCCAAUAACCCUGGCACAAGCAAUCCUUGUCGAAGUAGUGGAAUCGGCUAGAAUCCCUCACCACGAUCUUUCUGCUAGAGAUCCUAGUGGUGGCGUGGCAAUCAGAGCAGACUCGCACAUUCCACAACGUCGUGGCAUUGGGCGUCGCAAUCAUCCCCCACAAUCGCGAGCCUUGUGAAGAUGUGAUGCCCUCUUCUUCACCCAGCUGCAAAUCAUCGGGCUUGUAUCCAGCCUCCUGGAUAGAUCUCUCUAGCCACUCCAAUUCGGCCUCGAUCUUAAAUGCAAUUACCAACUCCCCAGCCACCCCUCAAUCUCAAUUGAAGGUGCAAGAGGUGUCUUAAACCUAGAGACUUUGUGGCGGUGCAAUGAAAAGUGG